UUCCAGCGUGGACGUGAAGAGAUGAAUAAGGUUGUUUUGGUGACGGGAGCAAAUAGUGGCAUUGGCCUGGCACUUUGUGAGCGUCUCCUCUCCCAGGACACAGAGGGUCUGCAGCUGUGUCUGGCCUGCAGGAACAUGCAACGGGCUCAGGCUGCUCGCUCUGCCCUCCUCACCUCCCACCCCACAGCUCAGGUGGCCCUGCUGCAGAUGGACUCCAGCAGCAUCCCCUCUGUCAUUCGUGCUGCACAGGAGGUCAAACUCAGGUAUAACCGGUUGGAUUACCUCUACCUGAACGCAGGCAUCAUGCCCAACCCACAGUUUGAUGUAAAGGCCUUUUUUAAAGGUCUCUUCUCCAGCAAAAUCAUUACCAUGUUUGCCACCGGCGAGGGUAUUCUGACGCAGAAGGACGGUGUCACCUCUGAUGGCCUGCAAGAAGUUUUUGCAACCAACCUCUUUGGUCACUUCCUGCUAAUCAGAGAGCUGGAGCCUGUUCUGUGCCAAGCAGGUCGGACCUCGCAGCUGAUCUGGACCUCCUCAAGUAACGCCCACCGCUCAGCUUUUAACCUUGAAGACGUACAGCACCAGAGAGGAACGCAGCCCUACAGCUCCUCCAAAUAUGCCUCCGACCUGCUCAGCCUGGCACUCAACACACACUACAACAAACAGGGUUUGUACUCAUCAGUGAUUUGUCCUGGAUUUGUGAGGACCAGUCUGACCUACGGCAUCCUGCCCUCCUUCCCAUUCCUCUGGACCCUGCUAAUGCCUCUCUUUUGGCUUAUAAGAAUGCUGACCAAUACUUUUACCCUGACACCAUAUAACGGAGCUGAAGCACUGUUAUGGUUGUAUAAGCAAAAGCCUGAAUCACUGGACCCACAAGUGAAGUACCACAGCUUAACAUCUGGGCUAGGAAACAACUACAUACAGCCACGUAAGAUGGAUAUUGACUUGGAAACGUCAGAGGCUUUGUAUGAGAAAUUACUGCAACUAGAAUGUGAAGUGAGGAAGAAACUGAAAGAAAAACAAAAACAAUCUCAGCAUGUCCAGCAGUAGUCCUGCAGGAUCUGGAUCAUCUUCAUGCAUGUCACACAGUUCUGGGAUGGAGAGAGUUUUAUUCCUGUCUCGCAGGUCACUUGGGAGCAGCAUGCACACUGGCUGUCAGACCUCACAAAAAUAACACUCCUCCGCCCGACGCAGCAACGUGCACUCCUGAAUUCAAAUCAGGGAUAAACAAGUUACAGUGACCCUAUAAGCAACUCUAUACGCAUCUUAAGUUGGAUUUGCUGUUUCCAUCUGUAAUAUCUCUAUCAGACACAAAAUAAAAUGUCUGCUGUGAUGGUUUUAGGAAAGAGUUUACAAUAAAACUGAG